GACCUCAGUCUGUUAGUCUGUCACUGUCUGUCACUGAGACCUGCUUCUUGAAUCACAUCAACAUUGAAUUGUGGUGUUGCCCUGGUGUGGUGGUGGUUUUAGAAGCAUGAUACUAUCGCCCAAUUAAUGGGAACGACAAGAAUGCUUAAGAAUUGGUGGAGCCAUUCAAAGACUGUAACUUUAAUCUGGUCUUUUUGCGUCAUCAUUUCCAUCUCAAUCCUCCAACUUGCUCUCAAGAAUUCGCCUUCCCAGAAUUACCCUUCUUCUUCUUCAGAUUCUCUUUCAAAUAUGGAACAAAGAUCAAAACUUUAUGAUAAAAUGGCAAGGGAUUUGGAUGAUAAUGGACCUUCUUUCCUUAAACAUGGCCAAACAUCUCAGUCAUUGUCACUUUCAGAUAUUUUCACCUUGAAAGAUGGGUCUGUAACACCGGUACUUAAGGCGGCAAAUCCUCCUGUGCGGGCUAAUGUUUUGUAUUUAAGCUCAGAAUACUCAGUGCGUAUUUCGGAGGCUGUGAAACGUAUAUUUAGCCCGUACUUUGAUAAAGCGAUUUGGUUUCAGAACUCUAGUGUGUACCAUUUUAGCAUGUUCCAUGCCUCACAUCAUAUUGGGCCUGUUCCUGCAACUGAAGAUGAGGUUGAAGCUGAAGCCAGUGCUGUUGGAUCUGUGGCUGAGGGCCUCUGUCCCUUGGAAAUUGUUUUGGAUAGAGUGGUUUUGACUUCGACUGGUGUGCUUCUUGGAUGUUGGCAGGUGAUCUCUGGACCUGAUCCCAUAACAAUUCGUGCUAAGUUGAGAACCGCACUUCCACAUGCCCCAGAAAAGCAACUUUAUGAUGCUGCUAUUCUUCACACGUCCUUUGCAAGGCUUCUGGGCCACCCCAAAGAUUCACCCGCAGAGCCUUCAGAAGAACUCCGACUUUUCCAUGAGCUAGUUGCACGCCUAAACAAUCAAAUUCGUGGAUUUGUGGCAGUUGUAUCUGAACUCUGGUAUGUGGAGGAAUAUGAUGUCUUGGCACUUGCAUUGGAUGGAAGAAUGAAGGUCCGGAAGUUCCAGCUCGGCUGCAAAAGAACCUGAAGAUUUCAUAUAUAGGCACAAAUAUAAUUAAAAUCGAGUCAGAAUCAAAUAGCCUUUAUAUAUCCUCCAUUUUAACUUCGGAAUGCAAAUGCAUUUAGGUUUGAGUAAUAUACAGUGAAUAUAGUUUGGUGAAACUCCCAGUAAUCCACAAGUUUCCUUUCUUGUAUAGUUUAAUUUUUGUUCUUUGGCCGAAUACACCAGUUUAGUUUAUGGUGGUUGUUCAUCUGAUACUUCUUGUAUCAUCUCAAUUUCUGACAAAUAAAUUUCUGUCUUUCAUUUUU